GUUUUCUAGCUGAUUGGAUAUGAAACAACUCUUCUACACUCCCUCCGUCAUCGUCAUCCUCCUCCACUCGUCACUCAUCGAUGCAUCACCAACUAGAGACUAAAUAACAGUAUGAGACUCGCCGCGUUUUUAUCAUUAGGAGAUAGUUGUUGCUAGACGUAUCUCUGACAGCGGGUUUCCAGCGGUUGAACUUGCGCAACCUGAAUUUCUCACAGGUGACAGUGGGCAAUACCAUUUGACAGGAGUAGCAUAAUCCCAAAAGCUUGCAUGAUCCGUUAUCGAUAUUUAUUAAUCAAACCACAUGGGCUAAGUGAAUUCAAAAGCUACAUAUUGAGAACCAAGGCCGUAGAAGAAUAAGGCCUUACCACUGAACGUCUAUUCGCGCACCGCAACUCACUGUACUUAUGUCUGACUCUAAAGUAUGGCUGAUCACAGGUACAUCAUCAGGCUUUGGUCGCCGUUUAGUAUCAAUCGUUCUAGAACGCGGUGAUCGCGUAGUCGCGACGGCCCGAUCUCUCCAGAAAAUUCAAGAUUUUCCCCAAUCUCCAAACCUGCAUCUCCUAGAGCUCGAUGUGACUGCUGGAACAACUGCAAUCAAGGAACGCGUAGAUGAGGCGGCUAAAGUAUGGGGCAGGAUUGAUGUGUUGGUGAACAAUGCGGGUAUUGGAUUACCAGGAAUCCUCGAGGAAUGCGGGGUGGAUAGGCUACAAAGACAAUUCCGCCCUAAUGUCUUCGGUGUGCUGGAUGUCACGAAUGCAGCAUUGCCAUACAUGCGUGAAAGGAAAAGUGGUACAGUAGUUAUCAUCGGGAGCCGUAGCGCCUGGAGGCCUGAAAUUAGGGGAAUUGGCUCUUAUGCCUCAUCAAAGGCAGCUGUGCAUGUAAUGGGCGAAACACUUGCCGUGGAACUUGCAUCGUUCAACAUACGCGUCCUGAUCGUCGCGCCUGGCGCCUUCCGCACCGAAAACAUAUACAGCAAUAAAUUUGACACGACGCAUCCUAUUCCUGAUUAUGAUGAAACGCGAGCUAAAGCAUUGCUAAGGUAUGAGACUGUCCCUGGCAAGCAGCCAGGAGACCCCGCGAAGGCGAUGAAAAUCGUCGUAGACGUCGUAAGAGGAGAAGGCGUUGCAGUUGGGAGGGAGUGGCCGUUGUAUCUUGUCUUGGGGGAGGAUGCAGAGAAAGAUGUCAGAAAUAAAUGUAUGAAGGUGUUGAAGCACCUUGAUGAAUGGCAAGACGUAAUUCGGGACGUGAAUCUAUAAACCGACAGAUAUGUAGCAUUAGAGUUACAUGAUGUAAAUUUAUUGCUCUUUUCGGGUCUAAAAGGUGCAUCAUCAUAAACCUGGUUCCACGCUUCAUUUCCUG